UGUCGGCACUCACAGACUAGUGAGGAAGCUUUUUAAGUUUAUUUGAAUGAUAUCCUACUUUGUUACUUGAGUAAGGAAAAAUAUUAAGAUUUGUCCGUCAGUUUUUUACAGAACUUUAAUACAGAACUUUAAUACGACUGGUCUGGUACUCUAAACCGUCUUACAGCACUUGCGGAGAAGGACAGCGUUUCGUCUCCACCUUGCCCUGACCGUGAGAAGAGAGAUGCUUACCACUAUGAAGCUUGGAGCUGCCGCGCUACUUACCUGUGCUUCCGCUGGGGAGAAAAAUCUGUAACUUGACAUUCAUAGGUUGCACGCACUGUUCCAUUUUUUUAAUCAUUCUGGUUUGAUUAAGUUUUGGCGCUGUGCCAUGGUUGGCGUUUCGCUAUCUGGCGCGCUCUUCGCUUGCUUCCUGUAUCUCCUUUUCCCCGUGCCCGGAGGACAGGUAGCUGUGCCAAGCUGCCAUGAAGUUCGCGCAUCCUUUCAGUCUCUUCAUCCAGGGUCGAAAUGGGCACCAGAAACCCCAGUCUCAGGUGCGGACCUGCAGGUGUGCCAGUCCCGAGGCCCAAGCUGCUGCUCCAAGAGGAUGGAAGAGCGCUACCAGGUGGCUGCUCGUCAGAACAUGGAGGCAGGCCUGCAGGCUGCCAGCGCCCAGCUCAAGCUCCUCAUCAUCCACAACGCAGCUCUCUUCCAGGAGGCCUUUGAACUGGUGCUGCGACAUGGCCGUAACUCCACCCUGCUGAUGCUGAGGGCGGAGUUCCCCGUGCUGGGGGGCGGGGCCCAGAGGGCGGUGGACCAGCUCCUCCAGGACGUGUCUCUCUACAUGCUGGGCUCCGACUCCAGCGUGGACCACAUGGUCACCGCCUUCUUCACCCGCCUCUUCCCCCUCGCCUACCUCCGCCUGCUCGGGGGCAGUGUCACGUCCUUGUCCGAAGAGUGCCUCCGAGGUGCCUGGAAGGAGUCCGGAGCGUUCGCCCACUACCCCAAACUGAUGAUGACGCGGCUGUCGCGCUCUCUCCUGGCCACCCGGGUCUUCCUGCAGGCUCUCAACCUGGGCAUCGAGGUGGUCAACACCACGGACCACCUGCGCCCAGCCAGGGACUGUGGCCGCGCCCUGCUGAGGCUGUGGUACUGCCCCCACUGCCAGGGCCUGCUGGCUCCCCCAGCCUGCAGGGGCUUCUGCCAGGCAGUGAUGCAGGGGUGCCUGGGGGGCGCGGCGGAGGUGCAGCCCCACUGGAAGGCCUACGUGGAGGGGCUGGGGAGGCUGGCCGGGGGCAUGAGUAGGGAGCAGGACAUGGAGGACGUGGUGCUCCGGCUCCACAGCCUGGUGCGGCUGGGCCUCCGGCACGCCGUCAACGCACGCAGUCGGCUCCUUACGCUGGUGGGCAGUAUGUGUGGCCAGUCCCCCCAGAGGGUGUCUCGCUCCGUGAUGCCCCCUGCAGACCAGCCCCCUGGGGCCCCAGCCCCCCGCCACACCCAGCCUGCACCCUUCCACCCUGAGACUCUGGCAGGCCAUCGCAGGGAGUUCAUCUUCAGUCUGCGGGCUUUCAGCUCCUUCUACAGUGGUCUGGGGGAGACCCUGUGCGGCCGUGAGCCGGAGACGCUCAACCACUCCCUCUGCUGGAACGGACAGGAAAUGACAGACAGGUUCCCAGCCCCAGGCCUGAAGCGCCCUCACACCCAUGGGUCUGACUCCAAGAACAAGCCUCCUGAACCAGUCAUCAGCCAGAUCAUCGACAAACUCAAACACAUCAACCAGCUGCUGCGUCUGGUCACGGUGCCUGAGAAGCGCUGGAGGGCUCGCUCCGGGGGAGGCGGGGCGGACGGACGGAACGAGGAGGAUGAAGAGGAAGGGCUGGUGAGCGGCGACUGCGAUGACGAGGACGAGUGUACCGGGGUGUCCGGGCUGGGACCUCCACCCAGGCGUAAACGCCUGCGCAUCUUUGCAGAUCUGUCUGAUAAUCUGGAUGACUUCACCUUCCAUGAGCAGCUGCUGACCCCUCGGCUGGCCACAGACGGAGCAGGAGCGAACUCCUCCGGACCCUCCCAAGGGUGGAGCUACCUGGUGGCCGUCGUCUCCCUGCCCCUCCCCCUCCUCCUGCUGGGGCUGCAUUGACCAGUAAACAGCCUCAGCUUCUCCUCUGACACACUGGGAUUCUACACAAACUCGUUACAACUUUUGAAUUGGCAUUAGUUCGAGCCCUACUGGACAGUUCCUCGACGUGGCUGAGAUGAGAGAAUAGGCUCCCUACUCCUCCACUGCAAGUCCUCUCUGUCAGCUGUUACUGUGUGUACGGAAAUGGAUCAAACAACAGUUUUCACCUUUUACUCUACUGAACCCAGUUUUAAACUAAGACUUGUGGACGACCUGAAUCGUCCCGUCCUCGUGCCCUACAUGAACCCACAGCACUGUGUAAAUAACUAACCCCCCUUUUCCCUCUGACCUGCUCCUCUCUGGCUGACACUACUUCCAUGGCUACUGCUGCUACUACCAGGAAGUAGUCAGUAAGGACGUAUCCCCCCAGGAGAGGAGAGCAGUCUACCCCGCCCCUUCCGUCCAGUUCCUGGGCUGUAAAUGCAGAAGUGAACAUCAAGGGGUUCAGGGGUCGUUGUGAAGUCUUUGUCACCACAGGCUGAAACUUACACCCAUCGGGGACUCAAUUGAAAAUGAACUUUAUAAAAGGCGGUCAAAGCUCUUGGUCUUUUUCUGUCUCUUGACCCUCCCCCCCCCUCCUCCUCCUUCCCCCCCACUCUCUUUCACUCCGUUUUCCAUGCUCCCUUUCCCACACACACUCCCUCUCUCUCUCCUUGAUGGGGAUCUGAUGAGGCCUAAAUUAUGCUUGUUAGAUUAAAGCUUGGCUACAAGUGUCAACCCCUCACCAUCUCUACUCCUCUCUAAUCUCUACUGAUGUGUUGCCCCGGCAACUGCUGAAGCUGAUGUGUGAACGGUCAGCUUUGUUGGUCUGGCUCAAGUGUUAGUGUCUUUUAAUCAUCCGUGUUUGCAUUACUUAGUGGAAACAUACUGUAGUGCUCUUUCAGUGAUAAAACUACCCAUCAAUUAAGGGCUAUCAUGUGAGCCUCCUUUCACCAUACAGGAUACUGUGUGUGUUGUCUGCAUUAAUGACGCCAUGAACGUCUAUGUUGGUUCAAACUUGGUUGGAUUAUUACAGUAUUGAUGUGUUUUCAAACGAAGAUGUGGGAGAAUAACUUUACUUACGUUACUGACUGGUCGUCUCUUUGUUCAGUGCGUCAUCUGCUGUCACUGGGUACCAUCUUCCCAGCUGUCUUUAGCAUAGGGGGAAAUAGAGCCUCAUUAGACAAACUAUAUAUAUGUACAUAUUUCAUAUGUGUUAGUCCAACAGAGACUUCAGAAGGUUUGAACCAUGUAUUUAAAUUGUAUGUACAGUAAUUCUUUGCAGGUUUAAAACUAAGAGUUUAAAUAUCUGUGUCGACAUUGUUAUUUAAAACAAAAUGAGCUGGAAAGAGGAAUAAAUCUCCCUGACUACCUUGAA